AUGGUGUCCUCGAUACAAGCCACCACAGGAGCCCACUGGUGGCUCACGCUGAUUGGCUCCACCCUCGCUCUCCGCCUGGCGCUCUUCCCCCUCACGUGGCAUCAGAUGAGCAUCAGCUCCCAGCUCGCUGCCCUGGGACCCAAACAUGAGCAUCAGCUCGUGGCUCGAUGCCCUGGGACCCAAAUUGCCCCGCCCUUCCGUCUCCCCGGCAGUAACAUGACAUGGCAGCAGGCGUGGGCCAUGAGGCAGAGGAGGAGGAGAGUAGGGCAAGCCACUGCCCCCUCCCUUCCCACUCCCCGGCAGUGGCAUGACAUGGCAGCAGGCAUGGUCGCUGAGGCAGAGGAGGAGAAGGCGGACGAGAGGGGCGGGCCAUGUACUGAUCCCAACUCUGGCAUGACAUGGCAGCAGGCAUGGGCGCUGAGGCAGAGGAGGAGGAAACAGUUGAACGCGCCCUCUGCGCUCUGGCUGCUCGCUGCUCCUGCUGUGCAGGUAGGGUGGAAGAAGGGUGAAGUGAGGGGGAUAUUCACCCGUUCCCUCCCUCACUCCCACUGCUACCCCAUGCCAUGCCAUCCCACCGCAUCCCACCAGAUCCCACUCUUCUUCACCUGGAUCUUCACCAUGCGUCACAUGGCGCUAUCAGCGCACCCAGGAUUCGAUGUGGGCGGGUGUCUGUGGUUCGAGGACCUCACAGCGUUCCCUCAAGGCGUGCUGGGUUGGGUCUUUCCCCUCUUCAUCGCUGGAUCAUUCUACUCCUCGCUGCAGGUGAUGAUGCCGCUGCACAAGAUGGGUGUGCACACUGCGUCUGACAAGGCCAUGCUGCUUCACUCUUCAUCUCCUUCCCCUUCUCUCGAUCCACCCCCUCUUUUCAUUCCCCCCCUUCUCCUCUCCUUCCACUUCCGUGACUAUAGUCUAUACCAGGCAGUGCACGUGUACUGGCUCACCAACAACACCUUCACUCUCGCUCAUCAUCAUACCUGUUUAUCCACCUCCACCUCUUUCUACCCCUCUUUAACUCGUUUCACUGUUGUCCACUCCUCCUUCCCCACACCCCAGGCAGUGCACGUGUACUGGCUUACCAACAACACCUUCACUCUCGCUCAGGUGCCCACCCUACCCCUCUGCAUCCCUUCCCAUCAUUUCCUUCACUCCCCCUCCCUUCACUUCCCAUCCCUUCACCUCCCAUCCCUACCUCUCCUGCAUCUUCCCUUCCCAUCCUUCCCAUUCCUUCCACCCUUUUCGUCCCUUGCCAUCUCUUUCCAUCCCUUCUUAUCCCAUCCAAUUCUUUCACCUACCUCGCCUUCCCAUGUCUUAUCGUCCCUUCCUUCUCAUCCCUUGCCAUCUCCUCCCAUCCCUUCUCAUGCCAUGAGAUUCCUUCUCCUACCUUCCCUCCCAUCCCUUCUCCUCCCUUCCCGUCCAACUCCUUCAUCCCUCUCCAUGCCACUGCACGCCCCUGUAUCUCUCCUCCGCAUGAAUCUGUUUUCCCUCAUCCAUUGCCUUCGCCUUGCCUUGCCUUGCCUCUCAGCUUUUGAGACGUCUCAAAAGUCAUCCAUUGCCUUCGCCUUGCCUUGCCUCUCAGCCUGCCCCCCAUCGCACACCUGCAUGCCAUGCAGCAUGAAGCCAGAACACCAUCGCAUUGGCUCUGCGAUCCCCCACCAUCCGUCAAGCCGUAGAUCCCCCACCAUCCGUCAAGCCUUAGGUCUGCCCACCAUGGCACAGCUACAAGCCUUGCAGCAGCAGUAUCACGCUCGGGCUGCUGCAUCCUCUAGCCCUGCUGCUGCUGCGAAUGGUGCUGGGAAUGGUGAUGCCACCAGUUUUGGAGGCGCGGGGAGUGUGGGGGGGUUGAUAUCAGAGCAGGAGAUUGCGCGGAUGACAAACCCACAUACUUUGCUUGUGGCUGCAGCACAACUCAAGGCGGCAGGCAGCGUGGAUCUAGCUGCUUGCGCUCUGAGGCCUUCCGCACUGCUUCGCACUUACACCGUUUUCUUCUACCACAUUCCCUGCAGGAGCGUCCUGACGUGGCAGUACAGCUGGCAGCUCACCUGGGCGCGGGUGUGGCAUUGGCACAGCAGCCGUCCGUCAGAGGCCAAGGCACUGCUCCAGGUGGCAGCAGAGGCGGUGCUGGAGGGGGAGCAGAGGAGAGACCCUCUUAAACGCCACUCUUCUCUCUCCUCUUCACCUCCUCCCUUGCUUCGCUUCAUCCCUCUUCAUCCAGAGCUGUCCUUUGGAGGCAAAGGCGUUGCUGCAAGUGGCAGCAGAGGCGGUGCUGGAGGGGGAGCAGACGAGAGACCCUCCAUCCACCCCCUCACCUCUUCCCUCGUUUUGUCCCUCUUGAGUGCAGAGGGAAACCGCAGGGAGGCGAGGAAGUGGGUGGUAGCAGCAGCAGACUACGACCCUUCUGUGCUGGAUACAUUCGGACAGGAGCUUGAGGGAGAGGGGGAGGAGGAGAAGGGCGUGGUAAGAGAGUGGGUGGCAGCCGGUGCAGACUACGGCCCUUCUGUGCUGUACACGUUCACAGGGGAGCUUGAAGGCGAGGAGGAGGAGGGGGCGUGGUGCAAUGGAAAGGAGGGGGUGUGUGAGGGCAACACCCUGGCUCUGAAGUGGGUGGCAGCCGGUGCAGACUACGGCCCUUCUGUGCUGUACACGUUUACAGGGGAGCUUGAAGGCGAGGAGGAGGAGGAGGAGGAGGAGGAGGAGGAGGAGGAGGAGGAGGAGGAGGAGGAGGAGGAGGAGGAGGAGGAGGGGUGUGCGGUGCAAGGAAAGAGGGGAGUGGUGUAA